UAGGUGCCCGGUCAUCAGCUGCCCAACGAACGGCCUCUGAGUGGACGAACACCCUGCGUGGGGACAGGCGAGCAGGUUGGGAAGUGCUGCCGCAUAGGCGUCUCUCACCCAGGACCCCGACCCAGCCGCUGUAGCAGCUGGGGCUCCGCACCCAGAUACACAACCCAGAAAGUACCUAGCUGAAGUGGCGGGGUCAGGGGAGAGGAAAGGGGCAGUCCCGCCCCACGGCCCAACCUGGCUUAGCCAGGCCGCGGUUGCCAGGCGACACCCCGACGCGGUGCGGGCUGCGUGAAGCCGGUGGCUUGGCCCUGGGCUCCCAGCGGCGGGAUGGAGGCAGGACGGAGCCCGGCGGCCGUGGGGAAGCGGGACGCGGGCGGCAUGGAGGGCGAGGAGGAGGAGGAGGAGGAGAUCACUGCCGCCUCGCUGCGAGUCAGGCCCCGGUCGCUGCCCCUGUCGGCGCUGUCGGCCUUCAGCUACGUCCCGCCGCGGCGCCAGGGCCCCAAGGAGCACAGCUACUUCAACCGCCAGAGCCAGACAGGAAUCACUUCCCUCUAUGACUGUAUUUUUAAGAGGGACCUAGGAUAUAAUCAGAAAUUGCACCGAGAUGACAGAGAACAUGCGAAGAGCCUGGGACUUCAUGUUAACGAGGAGGAGCGGGAGAGGCCCGUCGGGGUGCUGAUGUCAUCUGUCUACGGCAAGCGCAUCCACCAGCCAGUGGAGCCUCUGAACCUGGAGCACGGCCGUGCCAACCAUUUGAAGGCCGACUUCUACAGGAAGAAUGAGAUCCCCAGCUUCAAGGAUCCUGGCUUUGGGUACAUUUCUCCAGUGUGACAGUUCUCCUGUGAAAUUAUUUCAGAUGAAAUGAUGCUGGGUACUGACCCACUGGGAGCACCUGAAUAAAAUGAAAACUUGGUUCUUA